AAAGCCUAUGAAGUGGAAGCGGAUAACAAUAACAAUAAGGAUACUAUUCUUGUGGAUUCAGGCAAUUAUAAUAAAUAUUUUAAUAAUGGCCUCAAUUCUGGUGAAAGUGAACAGAGAGUGGUGGAAGAGCACAGCCCUUAUGAGGAGAUGCCUUCUGUGGAGUCGUCGUUACCAACACACGAGUCGUUACCAUCUCAUGAAUCCUUGGCUGAACAUGAAACGGAUAUUUCACAGAAAACUUUAUUAUCGGAAACUGACAUAAAUAACAAGAAUCCAGUCACAGAUGGCUUUCAUAUGCCGGCAAUGGAUACACAGUACUCGUGGCGACCCAUCAUCACCACAACGGAUCAGUUGCACAAUAAUAAAGAGUUUUAUGCAAAACCUGUAAACCAUGACUUCAAUCAUAACACAAAUCAAGAUUAUAAUCAUAACAAUAAUGUUUACGCCAAUGAAAACUAUAGACAAAAGAUUGAGGAGUCUGUCAAUGAGAGCAUUGACGACAAGGCUAUGCCUACCAUUACCUCUGAGUCUUAUGGUCCGGGAGUUAAUCCUUAUUCUAUGCCUUUAGUAUCAGAAGGGGCUGACCAUAGCUCGAGUGCUAAUACCCAUAACGAAAAUAUACAACAUGUGCAGAAUAUUCCGCAAUACUAUCAUAAUCAGGAAUACUAUUAUCAGCCAGUUCCUAGCACAGCCGAGGUGCCUAUCCCCACAAAUCAACCAUAUUUUGAAUAUCAAGUCUACCCUUCGGUUAGUGAUAAUAGUAAUGCACCCCACGGUGGGAAUGGUCGGCAUAUUAUUGCGCUGAUGGACGACGAGACUAAGACAGAGCCUAAGGUGGAUCCAACCCGUGAUCCCAAUAUUAUGGUCACAAAAGGGACGGCAUUCCCUAAUCCUAACAAUGAGAUAUAUAUCCGCGAAAUCUCCAAAUUUAUGAAUAACAAGCAAAUGUUGCCCAACGAUGACAAAGCCUCUUACGUGAGGCCAAUAAAAAUCAAUACCAGAAUACCAAGACCAGCGCCAAAGAAGAUUAAAUCUAAGCCCAGAUUGCAAACGAAAAAGAGACCGAAAAGUUACGCUCCAUUUCCUCCCCGUCCACUAAUGCCUCCCGUUAUCGACGGCUUAUAUUUAAAUUCAAACCCAAUUCAAACACUUUUGAAUCCAUUUGCGAAUUAUAACUUUAAGCUGCCGUUUGGUGUUAAGACAACAGCAUUACCGCCGCCAACACCGGCAUACGUGGCACCGGCUUAUAUGGACACACAUUUCUCGGCCUCUAAUGAACAACCCGUCGCUAUUCUGCACCCAAAUAAAAUGCUGACGAUUACGACGACAUCACUAUUGCGAAACAAAUUUAAUGACCACUUGUGGCCCAACAGAUACGGCAAUCCCUUCCGGUAUAUCAUAAAUANUAAGGCACCCAUAACCUAUGAAGUGGAAGCGGAUAACAAUAACAAUAAGGAUACUAUUCUUGUGGAUUCAGGCAAUUAUAAUAAAUAUUUUAAUAAUGGCCUCAAUUCUGGUGAAAGUGAACAGAGAGUGGUGGAAGAGCACAGCCCUUAUGAGGAGAUGCCUUCUGUGGAGUCGUCGUUACCAACACACGAGUCGUUACCAUCUCAUGAAUCCUUGGCUGAACAUGAAACGGAUAUUUCACAGAAAACUUUAUUAUCGGAAACUGACAUAAAUAACAAGAAUCCAGUCACAGAUGGCUUUCAUAUGCCGGCAAUGGAUACACAGUACUCGUGGCGACCCAUCAUCACCACAACGGAUCAGUUGCACAAUAAUAAAGAGUUUUAUGCAAAACCUGUAAACCAUGACUUCAAUCAUAACACAAAUCAAGAUUAUAAUCAUAACAAUAAUGUUUACGCCAAUGAAAACUAUAGACAAAAGAUUGAGGAGUCUGUCAAUGAGAGCAUUGACGACAAGGCUAUGCCUACCAUUACCUCUGAGUCUUAUGGUCCGGGAGUUAAUCCUUAUUCUAUGCCUUUAGUAUCAGAAGGGGCUGACCAUAGCUCGAGUGCUAAUACCCAUAACGAAAAUAUACAACAUGUGCAGAAUAUUCCGCAAUACUAUCAUAAUCAGGAAUACUAUUAUCAGCCAGUUCCUAGCACAGCCGAGGUGCCUAUCCCCACAAAUCAACCAUAUUUUGAAUAUCAAGUCUACCCUUCGGUUAGUGAUAAUAGUAAUGCACCCCACGGUGGGAAUGGUCGGCAUAUUAUUGCGCUGAUGGACGACGAGACUAAGACAGAGCCUAAGGUGGAUCCAACCCGUGAUCCCAAUAUUAUGGUCACAAAAGGGACGGCAUUCCCUAAUCCUAACAAUGAGAUAUAUAUCCGCGAAAUCUCCAAAUUUAUGAAUAACAAGCAAAUGUUGCCCAACGAUGACAAAGCCUCUUACGUGAGGCCAAUAAAAAUCAAUACCAGAAUACCAAGACCAGCGCCAAAGAAGAUUAAAUCUAAGCCCAGAUUGCAAACGAAAAAGAGACCGAAAAGUUACGCUCCAUUUCCUCCCCGUCCACUAAUGCCUCCCGUUAUCGACGGCUUAUAUUUAAAUUCAAACCCAAUUCAAACACUUUUGAAUCCAUUUGCGAAUUAUAACUUUAAGCUGCCGUUUGGUGUUAAGACAACAGCAUUACCGCCGCCAACACCGGCAUACGUGGCACCGGCUUAUAUGGACACACAUUUCUCGGCCUCUAAUGAACAACCCGUCGCUAUUCUGCACCCAAAUAAAAUGCUGACGAUUACGACGACAUCACUAUUGCGAAACAAAUUUAAUGACCACUUGUGGCCCAACAGAUACGGCAAUCCCUUCCGGUAUAUCAUAAAUACAGGCAAUUAUGGCAAUAAUGUCCGACCGAAAGACCCGUUGAAUAAACGUCAUCAGCGGUCAGCGCACAUGAAAUUCAAUUUGAUUGGAUCCAAGUUCUUGAAAAAGAGACGUAAUCUUAAAGACAUGUUUUCCGUG